AUGCCCAUCCCUGCAGGUGGUGGAUCUACAGGGGUGCAGCUCCAUGUAAUUCCUUUGGAUGGGGCGUCUUCUCAGUGCAGUUAUCGAGAUGUUAUCAGCCACCUGAACUUGACCAGAAACACAGACCUUUCAACCAUGGUGCAGCCUCUCAAAGACUCUAGAAAUACCACAGAUAUUUACCUUGAUGUAAUGCUCUAUGCAAUUCUGGAUGUGAUAGAGAAGGAACAGCAGUUUGUUGCUUACUUUUGGGUUGAUGUGUCGUGGAUUGAUGAUUAUGUUUUAUGGAAUCCUGAAGAAUUCUGUAAUAUUACACUGACUUAUGUUCCGACUAAAUCAGUGUGGACACCAGAUGUGACCAUUGAAGAGAUGACAGAGGAGGAUAAGGCUGCUCAGAGCCCGUAUCUUGCCAUUUUUAGCGAUGGUAGGGUCUGGCUGAGGAACGACAUGGUGGUUAUCAGCAGUUGCAAGAUGAAGGUUUACAAAUUUCCCUUCGACACUCAGAGAUGCAACCUCACCUUCAAGUCUGUCAUACACUCUGAUAAGCACUUAAAGCUUAAGCAGGUCAGUUCCUCUGAGAGGAUGAGAGAGUGGUCUCUUGAGCUGAUGCAGACCCAGUCGGAGUGGCUUUUCCAAAACAUGACAUACUUGUACAAAACUGUUGACAAUUUUGGUGUCAACCAAAGCAUGGUCAUCUACACUAUCACCAUGAGGAGACGCUCUGUCCUCUACAUUGUCAACUUCAUACUGCCCAUCCUGUUUUUCUUGUGUCUGGACUUGGCCUCCUUCCUGAUCUCAGACAGUGGAGGAGAGAAGCUCAGCUUUAAGGUCACUGUGCUGCUUGCUGUCACAGUGAUGCAGCUCCUUCUGAAUGAAAUCCUGCCAUCCUCUUCAGACAGGAUCCCACUCAUAGCGAUGUUCUGUAUUGGGAUAUUUGGUUUGAUGAUGCUGAGCCUCCUGGAGACGAUCUUGGUGAUGUAUCUGAUUGAGAAGGAUUCUGCAUCUCAAGAGAGCAGGCCAGGUAAGGACCAAAGUCUGAGUGAGGACUGUAAAGACAAACCAUGUAAAGGCAAAUUCCAUAACUGUUUAAUAGAUGUUACAGAUGUUAAACUGAAAUCCUGCGUGCCUGCUGGUGGCUUGUGUUGUGGAAGAGCAUCAUCUGAACUGCCGCAGGUUGCUGAACAGGCUAGCAGCAGCCAGCUGAAGGAGGAGUCUUGUGAAUUUGAGAAGGAGGUGUUGAAAUCAUUGGCUUUGCUCUUCUGCAAGAAAAAGGAUGAGGAGAAACCCGGCUACUGGAGCAGAAUGACCAAAAUAAUCAACAAAGUUUUCUUUAUUUUCUACAUCAUCAUAGCCAGCCUGUUUUUGUUCUACAUGUGUCACUGCUGGAAAUCUACAGAGGAAUAG